AUGGGCGGGGCGAGGCCAAUGGCGUACGCCCAUACCAUGGCCACGCCUACUGCCGCCUAUAAAAAGCCGGCUGGCCUGUGGCUUCCUCACUUUUUUCGCUUUUUGGUUCCUGCUCUCUUCUCGCCUUCAACGCCAAGAUGCUCUUCGAAGCUGCUCGACUACUUCAUCGAGGCUGGACGGAUGCUGGAGCUGGAACUGAUCGGACUUCUGAUGUUUGUCUGCCGCGACGACGAAGAUGUGGUUGAACGACAUCUUCCGAAGCUCUCAAACAACACCUCCAUCGAGAGCACGAGGUACAGCAUUGCUACAAAUUUUUCACCAAAUGAAAAAUAAAUCAUCAAAAAUCGUGCUAUAAUGAACUUAUUGCAGGUGUAUGGCGACUUCUCGGCUUCUUUGGCUUCGACUACCGUUCUCUGAGAUUAGCUUCUGGCCGCGUCGUUUUCUGAAGAGGCUCACCAACUUCUUCAACGCUGGAGCGGACAACAACAGACGGAGGACGUCGACUUCCUGA